AUGAGCGACAAUAAUUUGAUGGAUAAAGUCAAUGCUUUGGGGGAACGUUUGAAGAUUGGAGGGUCAGAAGUUGGCCAGAAAAUCAGUGCUGGUAUGAGCUCCAUGAGUUUCAAGAUGAAAGAAUUUUUCCAAGGUCCCAACCAAGGCGACAAGGUCGUGGAGGAGGCCACCGCUGAAACCUUAGACGAGCCUGAUUGGGCUUCCAAUCUUGAGAUUUGUGAUAUGAUUAAUCACGACAGGCUCAACAGCGUUGAUUUGAUUAGGGCGAUUAAGAAACGGAUUAUGUUAAGGAAUCCCAGGGUUCAGUAUUUGGCUCUGGUUCUGCUGGAGACCGUUGUUAAGAAUUGUGAUAAGGCAUUUUCGGAGGUUGCCGCUGAGAGGGUACUCGAUGAGAUGGUCAAACUGAUUGAUGAUCCCCAGACUGUUGUUAACAACCGAAACAAAGCUCUCAUUCUCAUUGAGUCGUGGGGGGAAUCGUCUGGUGAACUUCGCUAUUUACCUGUUUUUGAAGAGACUUAUAAGAGUUUGAAAUCCCGAGGGAUAAGGUUUCCUGGUCGCGAUGAUGAAAGUUUGGCUCCAAUAUUUACUCCUGCGAGAUCAGUCUCAACUUCAGAGGUGAAUGCUACACGUGCGCCACAAAGUCAUCGUGAAAUUCCUCUCCCUACUUAUUCUGCUGAACAAACUAAGGAAGCAUUUGAUGUUGCCCGAAACAGUGUAGAGCUCCUUGCCACUGUUUUAUCUUCUUCUCCUCAGCAAGAUGCGCUACAGGAUGAUUUAACAACCACACUGGUACAACAAUGCCGGCAGUCCCAAUACACCGUCCAAUCAAUCAUUGAAUCAGCUGGUGACAAUGAGGCCCUUCUUUUUGAAGCACUCAACGUGAAUGAUGAGAUCCAGAAGGUCCUCUCGAAGUAUGAAGACAUAAAGAAACCAUUGGAGGUGCAGCCAGAGCCGGAACCUGCAAUGAUACCUGUGGCCGUGGAACCUGAUGACUCCCCUCGUGUAGGAAGAGAAGAUGCCUUGAUCAGAAAACCAGCAGGGUCCCGGAACACAUCUCAGGGAGGAGGGAACAACAAUGAUGAAAUGAUGGAUGAUUUGGACGAGAUGAUAUUCGGUAAGAAGACAGGUGGGGCAUCCGAAGGAGGGAACGAGGGGAAGAAGCAGCAAGGCGGGUCAAAGGAUGAUCUCAUCUUGUUCUGA